AUGGCUUCAUUCCUCUCCAAAUUUACGAAGCUUCCUCUCAAAGACGUCUCCAAGGCACUCGACUCGGCUUUCCCAGAAUUGUCCAAUGAGGGAAAGGCCUUGGCCUCCCAGUUCCAAACUCUUUCCACUCGUUUCAGUGAACCUGAGUCUUUGGAGACCUUGAACACAAACUUGAAGAACAAGACCUUUGUCACCGGUAACACUCCAGCCAAGGCUGACUUGGACGUUUUCGUUAACGUUCUUCCUAUCGCCUCCCAAUGGAAAUCUGCCGAGGAGCUUGCCAAGUUCAGACACAUAUUGAGAUGGACUGACCUUGUCCAAAACGUCCUUGUUGAGGUUCCAGCAGAAGAGUCUUUGAAAGUCAACUUGGAUGCUGAGGUUCCAAGAGAAAUCAAGGAGAAGAAGAAGCCUGCUGCUGCCGCUGCUGCUGCCGCUGGUGGUAAGGCCGCUGAGCCUGCUUCCAAGAAGGAAGUAGCCGCCGACGAGUCCAAGAAGGCUGCUGGAAAGGGCCAAGCUCCAACUGAGGAGGAGAAGAAGGCCAAGGCCGAGGCUGCUAAGGCUAAGAAGGAGGCUAAGGCUAAGGCUAAGGCUGAACAACAGGCCAAGCAGGCUCCAGCUGCUCCCCCAACCCCAGGUAUGAUCGACUUCAGAGUUGGUUUCAUUCAAAAAGCUGUUAAGCACCCUAACGCCGACUCUUUGUACAUGUCCACCAUUGACAUGGGUGAUGAAGAGGGCCCAAGAACUGUUUGUUCUGGUUUGGUCAAGUACAUUCCAUUGGAGGACAUGCAAGAAAGAUACGUUGUCUGUGUAGCUAACUUGAAGCCAGUCACCAUGAGAGGUGUGAAGUCCUGUGCCAUGGUCUUGUGUGCUUCUAACGAGGAGACUGUUGAGUUCGUUAACCCACCAGCCGGCUCCAAGCCAGGUGACAAGAUCUUCUUUGAGGGCUUCAACUCGGAGCCAGAGAAGCAAUUGAACCCUAAGAAGAAGGUAUGGGAGACCGUCCAACCAGGUUUCUCCACCACUGAAAACUUCGAGGUCACUUACACCGAGGAGGGUAAGGCACCUGCUAAGUUGGUCAACGCCAAGGGCGAGCUUUGUAAGAACAGCACCAUUGUCAAGGCCGAUGUCAAGUAG